CUCCGACAAACAAUAACAAUAUUGUGAAGUUGCACUUUUGUCUUUCCUCAUCCUCUUUGCGUUCUGCCUUUUACUUAGGCGCCGGGUAGACUUGUCGGACUUGCGCACAUGUCUUUCCUCGCGAACCGCCAAGAGUCUUUGCUAGCUGUUAACACUGCUAUCGAUGGGUUCCUCACCACUGUGUUUGGAGAUGACUUUCAGUCUCGAUUAUCUUCUAAAGAAACUGGUAGCCAUUCGGAGAAUGUCUCGAUCACACCUAUCGCUGUUGAUAUUUCUGGGGAGCUUCUCGCACUGGACUUGAAGCCUGCUCAAGUUCAAGCCUUGCUCAUGGAGUUCAAUCGCUCUUUGGCCCUUCUCACAAAGCACUGGGAGAACGUGCAGACGCCUCGUCCGAGCACACUGGAUUUACAGCAUAUGUAUAGUCAAACAAUUCAGGGCCUAUAUGAAGCAGAAGUCCAAGAUCUUCAGCUUGAUUUUCUUUCCCAGAUCAAGGAUCGUAUUGAGGGGCGACAUUGCGAAGACUUGGGGUCCAAUCACCCCGAAGAAAUCAUCAGUCAUCCUUGCGACCCCCCAGAGAGUGCUUGCUCGCAGUCUGAUUCAAGUUGUUUGGAUGAGGGUGAGUCGGAACCCGAGGAAUCUUCGGCUGAGCUUGAACGAUAUUAUAUGAUUCUGGAGCGCCUCUUCGCUUCUGGGAUCCAGCAUCCUACGCGUGAGCUCAAGGCUGUGAUGAGCGCUGAAUGGGGUGUGUCCCAACGAUCGGUCGCCGUUUGGUUCCAAAACCGUCGCGACCGCAAGGAUGACGAUAUAAUUGCUGAAAUCGAUUUCACGACCCGACUAAAUUUAGGAAUUGAGGCCGAGGAUGAGUGGAGCGAUGAAGGAGAGGUGCCUUGGGAUACUCUAGAGGAUUUCGAUGAUGAUGACGUCCCCGAUCUUCCUCUUAUCGAAUCGGGGGCCGCCCCCUACCGCGUUCCUUCACUCUCACAUUCAGUUGCGACCGAGUCGGAAUCGAGUUCAUCACGUUUACCAUCUCCGGGUUACAAGAUUGAAUUCCCAUCUCCCCGCUCAAAAUCUCCCGAAAUCCGUCCAACCACUCCCGAGGCCUUGUCGCAAACCUCACUAUGUUCCAUAUCAGCGUCCCCUUUCACUUUCGCCGCGCCUGCUCAGCAGGCCCAGAAUUCAUUCUUAUAUGUGGCUCGUGAAUGCCCUCCUUUGUUCCAUACGGACUCGGGCAUGCCAUCACAGACGGUGAACAUUGAUCGAAACUGGCUUCGAAGUACUUCGCAGCACCAUCCAAGCCAGCCUCAGAUUGGCCAACCACGCCGAACUUUGGGGCCUUCCUCAGCCCCCCGCAUCUCUGUUGCUGCCCAACCAUCAACACCACCCUUCACUCCACCCCUUCGAUUCACUUCUCUACACUCUCCACCAGCGUUCCCUUCGUUAUCUUCAGAAGUCCGAUCGACCUCCCGCCCUUCCUUCUCCACAUCUUCCCGUGCCUCUACACCAGCUCUUUCGACGACUUCCACAAGCGAGGCAUCUGUCCCGGUUGCCACUCCGACAACUCAUGCGUUCGUAAGCUCAUUUAGUCCCCCAGUCCAGAGCUGCUCUCCAUCUCGCUUUUUCACUGACGUUGAGAUUGACGAAGAGACUGGGGAUCCGACGAUUCCUGUGUUCGAUUUCGAUUUCGGCCCUCCCCACCCUAUUCAGUCCUACGGCACGUAUCGAGACAUUCAUCUGAAAUUUGAAACUUCUGGCUUUGAAUCAAUCGGAGCGGAGGCCAAACGCAAUACAUCUGUCGCUGUCGAGGGUCAGACUUGUAGACCCAUUGAGGUCACGGAGGGAGGACCGUCGAAGGCGUUGCUGGCUCCUGAAUGUGAUACAAAUUCGGUGUCAGACGCGGAGAAUAAUGAAUCCGAAGUUGGCCGUAUUAUAUUUUUCCCGUCAGCCCAAGGUUUGUCGGAGGAAGAGGGAGGUUCAGUUAUCUUGAAACAUCCCAAUCUGAACAGGCCUCCUGCCUCGUUCGAAGAUGCCGUUCAAUUGCACUUCUUGGCAACAGCAGCGGCCCUUGUAGACGAUCGCGAAGUGCGAAGAGAUGCCGAGGUUAUUGAUAUUGUUGCAGAAGCGUUGUCAGACUCAAACUCUAAGACAAGCCCUGUUUUGGUCGCGAAUGAGCCAGUGAUGGAUGCUUUGUUGCCGAUGCCAAAAACCGCCAAAGUGGAAGAUUCCAGCGCUGCGACGGUGGCCGUUCCGGAGCAUAUCGCUCUCCCCCCGAGCCCAUGCAUACCGUCUUCAUAUCCUUCAUGCGCUAUCGUGAGACCCGAGAGUGACUCAGCGAAUUUCAUUGGCUCCUCUUCAACCCUAGUCUCUUCGCGGACUUUAGGAGGAGACACCGAAUCACUAUCUGCGGAGAGCCCAACCACCCCACCCCAUAGAUUCGAUACUUGUCACUCUAAUGAUCCAGCGGAUAUCCCGCUACCUCCUUCGCCUUCGCCGCUCACACCGGCUCUCACUGCACCCGACAGCUUUGUCGGCAGUUCCGGAUCUCCCCCGUGUUCUUCAGUAGACUUCACCUCAGAUGCGAGCAGUCCCUCUUGUCCCCCUUCCCCCCACGAGAUUGGUGAUCCGCUUCCUGAAGUUGCCUCGGCAAAGUCGGUUAUAGUUUUCCCCUCCACUAGCGACUCACUAAGCUCCAAAUUUGAGAUCUCGUAUCCUCUUUCCCUUGAAGAGCCGCCUUUGCUUGACCUGUCUUGGGGAUCCGAUCUUGACUCAUGCCUUAACAGGGCACGCGAAGUCUCCCCAUUUGAGGAAUUUAUGCCCGCAUCUCUUAUUUUUCAACCACCGCCCCCCAAGCAUGACCCGGAAGUCCAAUGUCUAUUGGAUUCCGUCCUCAAGAAUUGGACCAACGUUGGUCUGGGGCCUCUCUUGAUUUCACAACCUCAUUUUCAGUCCUCAUAAUCUGGUGGAUUUUAAUCCUCAAUGGCACCCAUUGCCCUUGCAUGUCAUCAUUUUGCUUUACAUCUCAUUCUCCUGGCUGGCUGUAGUCAUGUACCACCUCCACAUUUACUUUGCUUUUACCUCAUAUUUCGGCCAUUCCUUAUUUCGUUAUUUUCAGCCCGUGCCUGCUGUGUUUACAUUAACACCCCUAAUUGAUUUAGAAAGUCAUGGUUGGGAUUUCAUUAUUUUCCGCUGG